CCAGCGGCUCCGGGGCCAGCCGCAUGUCCUCCACCGUGAACAACGGGGCGGCCGGCAUGCCGUCCCCACCGGACGCGGCGAACGGCUUCCCUCAGCCGGGGGCCUCCUCGGGGACCUGGCCGCGGGCCGAGGAGGAGCUGCGCGCCGCGGAGCCGGGCCUGGUAAAGCGCGCGCAUCGCGAGAUCCUGGACCACGAGCGCAAGCGGCGCGUGGAGCUCAAGUGCAUGGAGCUGCAGGAGAUGAUGGAGGAGCAAGGGUACUCGGAGGAGGAGACCCGACAGAAGGUCAGGACUUUCCGGCAGAUGCUGAUGGAGAAGGAGGGAAUGCUGACCAGGGAGGACCGGCCUGGGGGCCACAUCGUGGCGGAGACCCCGCGGCUGCUCGAGGGCGCGGAGCCGGGCCUGGAGUACGCGCCCUUGGACGAGGACGACGGCCCGGUGGACUGCGACUGCCCGGCCACCUGCUACCGCGGGCACCGGGGGUACAGGACCAAGCACUGGUCCAGCAGCUCGGCGUCGCCCCCUCCCAAGAAGAAGAAGAAAAAGAAAGGCGGCCACCGGAGAAGCCGCAAAAAGAGGAGACUGGACUCUGAGUGCAGCUGUGGGAGCUCCUCACCCCUGCGCAAGAAGAAGAAGAGUGUGAAAAAGCACCGAAGAGACAGGUCUGACUCUGGGUCCCGGAAGAAGAGACGACACAGAUCUCGAAGCCCCAAGAGCAAAAGGAAAGAGAAGAACAAAGAGAGGAAGAGGCCACACGCGGAGUCCCCAGGUCGGAGGCCCCGUCGCCACAGCAGCGGCAGCUCCCAGAGCCCCUCCCUCUCCUCCCACUACAGCUAUUCCAGAUCACCCAGCAGGCUGAGCCCCAAGCACCGAGAUGACGGGCGGAAGACGGGCAGCCAGCGGUCCAGCGGGAGCCGGUCGCCUUCCCCGUCCGGCGGCAGCGGGUGGGGGUCGCCCCAGCAGAACGGCGGCAACAGACAGCGGAGCGGAGCGCACGGGGGCCGCCCCGGCUCGGCGCACAGCCCGCCAGAUAAGCCCAGCUCGCCCUCGCCCAGGGCCCGCGACCAGGCGGAGGCCGGCGCAGCCACGCCGCCCGCGCGGGGCAAGGAGAGCCCGAGCCCGCGCUCGGCUCCGUCGUCGCAGGGCAGAGGAGGCCGCGCGGCGGGCGGGACGGCCAGGCGGCGGCGGCGGCGACGGCGGCGGCGGCGCUACCCGCCUUCGGUUUUCUCCUUCAUCUCAAGGUCCAGCCUGCCGAGUGGCCUGUGGCCGGCCUGGGGGCCGGGGGACCCCCUCCCCACAGGCUGCAGGGGAGAUGCCCAUUGCCCGAAAGCGUCCCAUCCCCUACUACCGGCCCAGCCCCUCGUCCUCCUCCAGCUGCCUGAGCAGCGACUACUCAAGCCGGAGCCCCAGCCGCAGCCCCAGUCCCGGUCACAGCCACGGAAGCUACAGCAGCCGCAGCCGCGGGACCCGCAGCCGCACACGCAGCCCCUCCCGGACCCCCAGUCCCAGCUACCACAGCCGGAGCAGCUCAGAGAGUGGGGGCUUCUGAGCCCGGACAGACCCAGCUUGGUGCCCCCUGGCAUAGGGAGAGGCGAGGGGUCAGGCCCCAGGACCCGUGAGGGGGCCUGCACCCCACUGCUACAAGGGGGUCCCCGGGCCAGGGAAGACCUUGAGUGUGGGCGCCCUGCAGACAAGGAGGAGCUGGGUUCUGCUGCUUCUAGAGGGUCCCCACCCCCACCUCCUGCCUGCCCACCGUGUCCAGGGAACAAAGAGCCGUUGCGAACACAGGGAUCGCCCUGUCCCCCUUCCCGCUUGAUGCCAGCUCACCAGGCUGGGGACAGCUCGGUGGACCCAGGGACACCCCGGAAGGUGCCAGACCUGGAAGCCUCCCGCACCCACUCCACAGGGCCCUUGGCUCCUUUCUAUCAACGCGCAGACGAGGAGGUGGGAUGGCGGGCAGGAUCUAAGUCAGACAGAAGGAAGAACGACCCAACCCUCGGUACAUCACCAUCCAAGCUGGGGAGCGGCUUCCUUCUGAGCUGGCUGCAGGAUCCUGGCUGAUGGCUGGAGGCUGGCCCCACAGCCUCCCCCGACCCCUCCCCUGGCCCAGGAGGACCCAGACUAGGUGGGCCCCUAAGCCCCAGCCUGAGGAGCCGGGGAGCUUCCUCUUGGUCCCACCUCUCCCUUCCAGGCCAGGCUCUCCCCUUCGGCCCUCACCCCAUGCCCCGGGGCCAAGGCCGCAGCAGCAGCAGCAGCCAGGCCUUCUGCAUGACAAGAGGUGGCAAGUAUAGACUAUGCCGCGUCUGAGCCUGACAUCAAAAGGGGCUCAGGUCAGAAGGUGAAGAGAGAAGAGGUAGAUGGAAGAGAGCCUGUGAGGAGUGGGAGAAGGCAACGCAGUCCAGUGACCGAGCAAGCCCUGGUGUCCCAGUGUGCCCUGUGUCUGGGACAUGGGCCAGAUGGCAGCACAGGGUCGCAGGUAUAGGAUAACAGGCACUUCGGGGCCUGCCCGAGGGAGCGCUUCCUUCUCGGGAUUUGGUGGGGAGGUAGUCCGUGGAGGCUACCCGGAGAGGGGUGCUACAGCAAAGGGUAAGAUCUAGAUGAAGGGCCUCGGCCUGCGACCUCGAGUGGCACCCCCCCACCCCCAGCCCUCUUCUGCUGCUCCCAGCCCACUCCUCCUGGGGCCCUCAGGGAUCUCACAAAGUCUUCCUUGGCCCAACAGGGCAUCUGCCCUGGGCUCCCACAGGGGGGAGGGGUCUGGGGUCUGGUCCGGGUUCCCCCCUCUCUAUUUUCCCCUCCCUCUUUCUCCGCGGUGCGGAUAAAAAUUGGACUCUAAUAAACACUCGGUGC